GAGUUUAUAUCUCACAAUUCUGACUUUUUUCCUCGCAGUUCCGAGUUUAUAUCUCGCAAUUCUGAUUUUUCUUCUCAGAUAAAGGCGAUACAAACUCGAGAUUCUGCCUUUCCCCCCUCAGAUUUAUGAUAAUAACUCGAAAUUGCGAGUUAUAAAGUCCGAAUCAGGAGAUAAAAAAUGAGUUAUAGGUUUAAAUGUUAUCUAUGCAAAAUGUUAUAGUUUUAAAUAUUAUUUCAAGCUGUAACUGUAAAGAUAAUACAUUAUGUCCUCUAUGUAGGCUACUGCAUAAUGUGAUAGCCUGUCGAUCAAAUUCAUGCUUUAAUAGUAGGAUAAAACAUUUAUUUGAAAUUGUAAUAAUAUUUAGGUGCUUGACAGUCGUUGUUCACUUUGUUUAAUGGAAAAUAACAGCAUGAACAUUUUCCCUAAUAUCUCUUUUUGUGUUUCACACAGAAGACAGAAAUUGAAACUGCACACCGAUCCAACGGCAGCAGCAAACGCAUCAAGUACAAUCGCACCAUGUUUGGGUUCCUCCUGCUUGCCUGCCUGUUUCUACAUCUGGUAGUCUCCGUACCUCAACUGCCCUGCCGUCGAUGCUGCGACCACCUCCCACCACUAGAUGACGCUGCAACUAUAAGAGAAAGCAUGCCUGAGGUCCGCACAUACAUCAACAUGACCAUUCUCAAAGGUGACAAAGGUGACCGUGGAGAAAGAGGAACUCCUGGGAAGCCUGGGAUUGAGGGUUCCCCGGGACCACAAGGGUCUGAAGGCCUUAAAGGAGAUAAGGGACAAGCCGGAGCUCCAGGUGACGCCUGCAAGUCCCAGCAUUCUGCUUUCUCAGUCGGCCGCCGGAAGUCCCUUCACAGCGUUGACAACUACCAGGCCCUGAUCUUUGACACCAUCUUCGUCAACACCCCUGAACACUUCGACAUGUUUGCUGGGAAGUACCGCUGCCACAUACCGGGAAUCUACUUCUUCAAUGUGAACAUCCACACGUGGAACUUCAAGGAGACGUACCUGCACAUCAUGCAGAACGACAGCGAGAAGGCCAUCGUUUACGCUCAGCCCAGCGACCGCUCCAUCAUGCAGAGCCAGAGCGUCAUGCUGCCCCUGCAGGAGGGCGACGAGGUCUGGGUCCGUCUCUACAAACGCGAGCGCGAGAACGCCAUCUACAGCGACGACGUGGACGUUUACAUCACCUUUAACGGAUACCUCAUCAAACCAGAGACUGACUAAAACCAGAAACGAUGGUGGGAAGGAGUGAAUGGGAUGAUUAUGGACAAGAUGUUUGAAAAUGUGCCAAAAUGCUUGAGCAGUGAAGCAACUUUAACAAAACUGAAAAGCAUCCAAACAUUUCAUAUUAGAUUUCUGCAGUCCAAACAAAAACCCCAGUGCAGUGCAGAGAAAUCUGCUUUUCAUAUUCCACAGGAGUCUUGUAUGAAGAAAGCCAGUAACUGUGUCCAAAAUGAAGUCCAGUGGUUCUCAACUGGUGGAUCACGCCCUGAAAAUCCCGCAGGUCUGUUCUGAUGGAACAACAACGCUAAAUACAAAUGAAAAUUGCAACUAUUCAUAUAUACAUCUUUAUCUAAAAAAAAACAAAACAUUUUCAAUAUCUUUUGCUGUUGAAAUCAAAAUCUGUGCAUCCAAACUAUACAGUGUCUAUACAAAAUUCAGUAAUUUGGUAAAAUUUUAUGUCACAUGGUAGAAGCUUGUCAAAUUAGGUAGAUUCCCACGUGGGCGGGUUGUGUGCCGUUAUCUUCAAAAACAAAUAAUCAAAUAUAUGCAAAGAAAAAGAAAAUACAGCUACAGACUGCAUUGGAUAUGGGUUUUGGUGCCAACCACAUGCUUUGAAUCAUUGGCUUGAAAGCAUAGAAAUGCUCAAAUUUAUGGUAAUAUUACAAAUGUUAGAUUUUAGGGAUAAUUAUGUUUACUACUGGAUGAUAAACAGUUCUGAUCUCCAGACUAAAACCAGUUGAGAACCUCUGAUGUAGCCCAGAUAUUUAGGUCUGUCUUUAGACUUUUUCAAACCAGACAGGGUCUUCCUAAGAUUUAUCAGCAGCGUCUGGAAAAUGGUAACUGGUUUAUGUUGGUUGUGAAUGGAUGUUUACAUGUUGUGACUGACUAUCUGAACCUGCUGCUGACCUUUAACAGACAUUAACAGGCAACUGGAGUCGUAACAAAACAAGUUCAUCACGUCGAAGCAUGUGGUGCUGUAGGAUGUUCUGGGUGGUGUUUAGUGGAUUUGCUGUGUUGUAGAUGGUUGCUAGGUCAUUGCUUACUAUCCCAAGUUAAAAGAGCCCAAGUCUCUGGUGAUAAUUUGGUCUCUUUUUUAAUCCUUUAUCCGUCAGGAGAAAACCAGAAGUCUUAACUAUUAGUUCACUUUCAAAUGAAAAUUAGCCCAAGCUUUAAUCACCCUCAAACCAUACUAGGUAUAUGACUUUCUGAUAAAAACAGUUGGAGAAAUAUUAAUAAAUAUCCUGACACAUCCGAGCUUAUAAUGGCAGUAAGCGUUAUUAAACAAGUAUGAGCUGAAGAAAGUUCCUCCAUCCACAUCCA